AUGAUUUCAGUUACUUCAAGGGUCUUUCCUUUGCUUCCGGCUUCGCUACUAUUCGGACUAUUCGCUGCAAAUCGAAUCAUCAUCCAUGUGGGGAAGAACGAUAUUCGGAAAGAGCAGUCAGAACUGCUUAAGAAGGAUUUCAGUGAACUCUUUGAAACACUUCAAAGACUUGACGUUCAGUCGUUCAUCAGUGGACCACUCCCAGCAAGAGGAACUAACAUGUUUUCACGGCUACUUGGGCUGAAUACAUGGCUACAAAGAACCUGCAGUACAAAAGGAGUCAACUUCAUCGACAACUUCAAUAUUUUCUGGGGCCAUAGACAACUGUUUAAACUGGACGGCUUCCACCCAAACAAACUUGGUGCGAGAGUCCUAAAGGACAAUAUCUAUUUCUCCCUCCGUCAUCCUUCAGUGGUGUGUGCCAAUCCACUCGGCCUCAAUGGCACACACACACCUGGACAGAGUAUGAGUGACCACAGGACUUCAUGUCAAACUUUCCUCAUGGAAACUAUCCCGGCUGAGUCCUGCCCACAGAGCUCAUCACAGACAGACUGUGACGUACUACAACAGCUCCAAGACUCAGCACCCAAGGACAACUAUCUGGAAAACAGCCAGGGAAGCCAGGACAACAUUUCACAGCCACCGGAAACACCAGAGCCAGAGCCCCGCUCACCAGACACACUAUCCCUCUCUCCAGAAUCUCCACUUCUAAGCUUCUCACAGAAAAUGGAGGAACUGGUGUAUGCUGGGACCAAACUCUCCCACUUUUUCGCUGCAAGCCCCCAGAUAUCAACUAAAAAAACGGCGGGCCCCACAACCACCAAAGACAGCAGGCCCAGCUCUCCCUCCUCCUCCUGUGAGAACUCUCCGACCGCUGCCACAACGCCAGGGCCCAAACCCUCCUCCAUCGGCUAGUGCAAAGAGUAAAGGCAUCCAUUAAUAGGGAAACUGACAUCUCAGAUCAGGGUCAGGAAAAACAUAUUCGGAUCAACUCCAUUUACGAUAAUAGUGCUUUUGCAACGAGUGAAGAGCUAGAGAUGGCAAAGGAUGAGAAUGAAAUCCAUUAUGGACAAAUUGACUUUUCCAAUCCCCAAACCAAAAGCAACUCAGUGAAGGCCUCAGAACAAGAGACGAUAUAUGCCGAUGUCAGUGGUUCAGGGAAAGAUUAGUUUACAUUAGAAUAAACAGCUUAUGAGUGAAUUGUAAAUGUAGUAUUGUUACGUCCAUAAGGACAUAAGUUAUUCUAUGAUUUAACUAAUAAUUGUGUUUCGUGUGUAUACUGUGUUCCU